AGGAGCGUUCCAUUCGGCCAGCAGUAGGCGGCUGCCACAGCUGUUUUAGGGCCCCCAUCAUAGGGGCUCCUUGUCUGGAGGAGGCAGCCUCCGGGCUUGGGAGGAGAAGUCGCUGCCAUCUCGGGCGGCCGACGCGGUCCCCUGAGACAGUCCACUUCCUGCCCUCAGUCUCGGGCCGAGUUUGGGCUCCCAGGUUCAGGGUUAGAAGUUGGACUUUUGAUGAUGUUUGACCCAGCGGCAGCAAUAGCAGGCAACGUGAUUUUAAAGUUGAGCUCAGCUUCUGUUUUUUCCAUCUUGUAAUCACAAAAAGCAUCUGGACCAGGAAUUCCAAUCAUGUCUGUGAUGGUGGUGAGAAAGAAGGUGACACGGAAGUGGGAGAAACUCCCAGGCAGGAACACCUUCUGCUGCGAUGGCCGUGUCAUGAUGGCCCGGCAAAAGGGCAUCUUCUACUUGACCCUUUUCCUCAUCCUGGGGACAUGUACACUCUUCUUUGCCUUCGAAUGCCGUUACUUGGCUGUCCAGCUAUCUCCUGCCAUCCCUGUGUUUGCUGCCAUGCUCUUCCUUUUCUCCAUGGCUACACUGUUGAGGACCAGCUUCAGUGACCCUGGAGUGAUCCCUCGAGCCCUACCAGAUGAAGCAGCUUUCAUAGAAAUGGAGAUAGAAGCUACCAAUGGUGCGGUGCCCCAGGGCCAACGACCACCCCCUCGUAUCAAGAAUUUCCAGAUUAACAACCAGAUUGUAAAGCUGAAAUACUGUUAUACGUGCAAGAUCUUCCGGCCUCCCCGGGCCUCCCAUUGCAGCAUCUGUGACAACUGUGUGGAGCGCUUCGACCAUCACUGCCCCUGGGUGGGGAAUUGUGUUGGAAAGAGGAACUACCGCUACUUCUACCUCUUCAUCCUUUCUCUCUCCCUCCUCACCAUCUAUGUCUUCGCCUUCAAUAUCGUCUAUGUGGCCCUCAAAUCCUUGAAAAUUGGCUUCCUGGAGACGUUGAAAGAAACUCCUGGAACUGUUCUAGAAGUACUCAUUUGUUUCUUCACACUCUGGUCCGUCGUGGGACUAACUGGAUUUCACACUUUCCUUGUGGCUCUCAACCAGACAACCAAUGAAGACAUCAAAGGCUCAUGGACAGGGAAGAAUCGAGUCCAGAAUCCCUACAGCCAUGGCAACAUUGUGAAGAACUGCUGUGAAGUGCUGUGUGGCCCCUUGCCCCCCAGUGUGCUGGAUAGAAGAGGUAUUUUACCACUGGAGGAAAGUGGAAGUCGACCUCCUAGCACUCAAGAGACCAGUAGUAGCCUGUUGCCACAGAGCCCAGUAAGUGUUCCCGACUUCAAGACAUUAAGGGCCCUAACAGAACAUCUGAGCUCAAAUGAGAUGCCGGAGGACAGCACUCCUGAAGAGAUGCCACCCCCGGAACCUCCAGAGCCACCACAGGAGGUGGCUGAAGCUGACAAGUAGCCCAUCUAAGGAAGAGACUUUUGUUUGUGUUUAAUUAGGGCUGUGAGAGAUUUAAGGGGAGAAGAUAAGCCUGAGACAGAGAACAAGUAAGCUAUUUUUCUUUGGUCUUUAUUCAGCCAAUUGCACACUGGCAUUUUCUUGCUGCAAAUUUUUUUUUUCCCUGGACUCAAGGCAGUCACAGAAGAUGUCAGUAACCUCUGGUAACUGGACAAAUGGGUCUCUUGGGCCCCCGCACUGGUUUUCCAUGGAGUCUCCUUGGACUCCCCUUUCUUCCCUCCAGAUCUUAGCUCUCCUGCUUGGUGUGGUUGGCCCAUUUGUGGGGUUAAAGGUUCUUGAGACUGGCUCAGAUCAUCUCCAGCUGCUGCAUGGCAAGAGUCUAGAGGUGAUCACAGAGAACUCUGGCUAGGGAAUCCUAACUGGAUUCUUGAGGCUUCAUAAUUGAAGAGGAUGGAGAGUGGGGUUAGAGGAUUCUCCUGGCUACAAAGUGCCAACAUUGCCCACAAAUCCUUUCAGGAACGGGGCAGGUAGCUUCCACUUGUUGUAUUUAUUCAUGUAGUUUCUCCUUUGUCCCCCAUCCACUUUCUAACCCCCAAGCCCCACUCUUUUCCAAUUAGAGAUAUGUAAAUAGUUGCAGUAUAGAUAACAAUUUACAUGUCUUAUAGAUUACCCGGAAACUUUUUAAUACCCGUGCCAUUCUCAUUAAGAAUUCAUGAGAUGCCAACGGCAUCACCCCUUGCACUCUCUGUCUCUUAUCUCCUCCUUUCUCACUAGUCCCAUUUAAUUUGUUUUCCUUCUGACUCUUGCUCUUUUAGGAGCAGGAAUGGCAGUAAUAAAAGUCUGCACUUUGGCGAUUCCUCUCCUCAGAAUAAGCCCGAGUGCUCACUUAAACACUACACCCCCCAGACUCCCUGUGUGAGGCCUGCAGAGGCCCUGAAUGCACAAAUGGGGAAACCAAGGCACAGAGAGGAUCUCCUCUCCUCUCCUUCCUUCCCCUCCCCUCCUCUCCUUCUCCUAUGUUCCCUCAAAAAAGAAAAAGUAAAAAAAGACAGCUAGUACUUCCAGUAGGCCUCAGCUGAGUGAGGAGGGAAAGCCCAGCACUGCUGCCCUCCCGAGUGACCCACUCCAAGGCCUUGGCCCAUCUCGGGCUUGAUAACCACACCAGGGGCUUCCGCCAGCCUCGCUCUUCCAGCACUUCCACCGGCAGAGUCCCAGAGCCACUUCACCCCUGGGUGCGGGCUGUGACCGCCCCCCCACCCCCCAGUCAGCUCUGCUCAGGACCUGCUCUAUUUCAGGGAAGAAGAUUUAUGUAUUAUAUGUGGCUAUAUUUCCUAAAGCACCUGUGUUUUUCUCUUUCUAAGCCAGGGUCCUGUCUGGAUGACUUACGGGGAGGGGGACGUGUAAAUCAGAACUUUUAAUCUAUUUGAAAGUGAUUAAACUGUGUCUAAUGCAAACUGCCUGCCUCCUCCUUCCCCUUUCCAUUUCAAGAAUCAUCAUGGGGGCGUGAGUGUCUUUGUGUAGUAGGGUGGGAUUGGGGUGGGGGUAGAAGGGGUUGCUAGUUCCAUUUUCUGGGGGACCCUUCAGUGGGAGAGACAGCUCCCAAACUCUCCAUUGAUUUCUACUACAUUCUGGGCCAAAGCUCACCUUAUUCUGGACUCUAAAGAAAGGGCUUUCAAGGCAUUAUACAAUGUUAGCAAGAUGGGGAGGGUUGGGGGUAUAUUCACUUAAGAGAGCAAGUUCUUUAUUGAGAUGUUGUGUUAAUGCAGAUGAAUGCCGUUAAUUGUAAAUGAGCCUUGGUUAUUAAAGGAGGCACAUCAGCACCUCUCCUGGGAAAUACUUCGUUAGUGAUCUUUUGCAAGUGAUGGUAUAUAUUUCAUUUUAAGUGGUCUAUAAUCAAGACUCCUUGCCAAUUCCUAUCUUACUCUUUCCAGUUAAUCAGAAUGAAUGAAAUUUGGCUGCUUCCAGAUUUUUCUCUAUGUCUUUCUAUUUUCCUUAUACCAGGAUUUGAGUUGAGAGGGAGGGAGGGGGGGAGAGAGAGAGAGAGAGAGAGAGAGAGAGAGAGAGAGAGAGAGAGAGAGAGAGAGAGACUCGGGCUCUUCUCUUCUCUGCCUCUACUUUACCAUUCUCUUUCUGGCUCUCUCUGUCCUUAUAGUUACAUUUUAGUUAGUUCAAAAAAACGCCAACCCUGGAGAGUUUGGAAGCUAUUAGAUUUUUCCAGUUAACCUACCACUCAGAUGAAUCUCUUUUGAGUCAGUUCUGAGCCCACCCUGUCUCAGCCCAUCUUCUCUCCCGGACUAGGACGGAUUUCUCUCCUCCCUUAACUUACCUCAACCACUCUUCUGCUGACCCUUAUGUCAGUCAGAGGAGCUUUCUCUUUCUAAGGUGAAGGGUCAACAUGGAAAUCUCCUAUCUCUUGUAUAAAAUAAUAUAUUUUAGCUUUCUGCUUUUUCAUGCUUCCUGCCCUCUUUCUUUACCUAUAUAAAUCUUCUGUAUUUAAGACCUUGGCCUGAAGAUCUAUUCCAUUCGUACCAUGCACCAUCUGGGACUGUCCUUCAUUUGAGUUCUGAUCAGAGGGGAGAUUGAAGAAUUGGUCUUUUUAAAUGGCUUGCAUUAUUUCCCUCUCUUCCUUUCCUUUGCAUGCCUUCAGUUUCCUAUGCACCCCACUUCCCCAUGUGAGGAUGGUUGGUCCAGGUCCAAAAGCUUUGGGGGUUGGUGGGGUUUGGCUAUUUGGGGCCAUUUCUUCAUGUCCAUUUGGCUCUGGGGCCCUCCUUGCCCUAGCAGAAGGCAUACGCUCUCCCUUUGCUUGUUUCCCCAGGGGCAAGUGGUGGGCUCUAAUUCUAUAGCAGCUAAAUUCCAUUCUUCCUGUGCUAACCUACCUGCCUUUAUCCCAAGGGCCCUUUUCCUACUGACCAAAUUGCUUUACCUUUUUGGGGAAAGAAAAAGUAUUUUGUUUUUAAAUCUAUUUUCUAACUUAAAUGCAAUUUAAUAUGUAAAUCUCUGCAUUUGUGUGUGAACCUACAAAUAUGUAUGUGUGGUGGUUUUUUCACUCUCUGGUAUUUCUUAAUAAAGAACCCUUUCUUUUCGGGGAAAGCCAAUUAAUGAAGAA